AUGUCGUCGUCAGAUGCCCAGGACCGUGGCGGCCGCAACGAAGACGGCGGCCAGGACCCCUCAGGGGCUCAUGAUGGGCCCGCUGUCGCGCCCUGUCAUAACGAGAAUGGAGACGAAAAGCGAGGCGAUGUCGUCGAAGUCGCCACAGGUGCCAGUGCUGGUGCUGAGUCUCUUGAGAAACCGGAGCGUCCGGUAAAGAAGAUGAAGAGGGGAAAAUACAUAUCCAGAGCCUGCACUUCUUGUCAGCAACGCAAGAUCAAGCUCAUGUAUGAUCAAUAUGAUAGCACCAUCAGCUCUGAGAUCUUAGCUCGCUUGGACGCCGUAGAGCGUCACUUGCGUCUCAUGCGACCGCCCGGCCCUGACUCGACCAUUCCUCCUCUCAACCACCUUUCCCCCGACGAGCAGCUCAAACAUUCUCCUGCGAAACUUCAGAGUGCCUUGGAGGCAGACGGCCAGACGUUUGCUGGGGAGAUAACUAUGAAUCCGGCGUUCGAAGACGAUAAUGACACCUUGGACCACAACAGUGUUGUAUCUUCAGGGUUGCGGCUCGAGCAUUCCUCACCCGCCUCUUCCCUCCACCCUCCGGCAACGUCCCCAGGCGAGUUGGGGUCUCGAAGAGGGAGAUGGUGGUUUGAUAGCAUCCUUGCACAACACGGCGUCACCAUCGACGAGAACCAAUCGAGAUACUAUCUACAAGUCUAUUUGGACGAGAUCCAUCCCAUGUAUCCAUUCAUCCAUCCUCCUGCCAUAUGGGAGACGUUCAAUGAGAUGUGGCAAUACUCUACUCCCUGGCCCACAGCAGAAUCCGCAGAAGGGGAACACAUGCGGGUCUCGAUGGCUUUGGAUUUGCUCGAGACUAGCAACACGGCCACAAAGUCCCUGCUUAUGCUGCAAGUUCUGAUCGUAAGAGUUAUCUAUCUGUUUCGUCUAGAUGCGAACCAGAAAGCUGCUAGGGUCCUGGCGCUCACCGUGUCUGUUGCACACACCAUAGGGAUACACCGUCAAAGUACCAUCGACACCAUGCCUGCGUUUUACAACCAGUUAUAUUGUCGGGCGUGGUGGGUGAUAUACAUGAUAGAUCGUCGGAUAGCCCUCGAGUCUGGCAAACCGUUCCUCAUUCAAGACAGCAACGUGGACACGGUACUACCGAUCGACCUCAGCGAUGAAUGGAUGACUAGAUUUUCGACAAGAAACGAGACCAUGGCAGAAUUGCAGCAUGAGAUCACAGCUGAGGUUGGUCGAGACAUAUUGCCCUCGCCGAUACCUUAUGUUGUUGCUAUGAUUCGAUAUUCUCGUGUGGCGGGAAAGGCUUGGGAGGUGUUGUACGGCGUCAAAGCAUAUAGUGCCCCUAAAUUUGCUAUGGUCGAAUAUGUCGAUACUGUUCUUUGUAAGCUGCUAGAUACAGCUCCCAAGAACUUGAGGUACGACCCGGACGAACCCUACGAAUCCCAAUUCAGCACCAGCUUGCGAUGGCAGAUCAAGCAGACUGUUAUUCUGACCACGUGCUGCACAUAUCUUCGCCUUUUAAUACGAAGGCCCCUUUUACCCAAUUCGAGGCCACUGAGCCUCACUGAGGAGGACGACCUGGAAUCGUCCAUAGAGUGCGCUGGCCUCGCCGCAAAGAUCCUCACUGCCCACCAAAACAUCAAAGAUGACCUCAUCAAGUAUAGCUUUGCUCUCAGUCACUACGUCACAAGCUGCGCCAUGAUCAUGAUCGCCUUGGUUUCCAGGGAACCGGGUUCCAAGAAGAGAUAUGGCUCCCUCGUGCUGGCAGCAACUCAGUCUUUGAAUCUGUAUAGCCACAAGGUCUGGGUCUCCGGAAAGAUGACGCGCUGCGUCUCUAGGCUUAGUCGAUUAGUACACCAAACUCUGGCAGGGAACAUGAAUGAUAGUCACGGGCGCCUGAGCCCAAAGAGCGUGCGACGGGACUCGAGGGCCGAAAAACCGCUGCAACAACUCACGCCCCAAGCAGAGGAUCAAGAGCCGUACCGGAUUUCAUCCAGACCAGGGACUUCCAUCCUCCAUUCAAGUGACCUUGAUGGUUCAGUCGAUGCGGUUGGAGGGGCACGAAGGGAACAAAGAUCAGAUGCCUUCUCAUACAACCCUGAUGCAAGUGGCGCAUCAGUCGAGAGAUCAAGCGCAAAUUUCAGAAAGAACGAGCAGGUUUCUGCAUCAUGGAUGGCUGGACCAAGUGGCGACGGUCGGAAUAGUUGGGUCAUGUCAGAUUUUAACUUUGAAACGUUCGGGGAGCAAUUUGGGUCAAAUGGCGUGGGAUUCUCAACAUUUUCAGCCAACGAGAGGCUUGACAAUACGAGAGAUGCCAAUUCAGUCGCUGAUCGGGAUUAUGGUGAGGCGAAGCUGGGCGUUUUGGGACUCAACGGCGCCUUCAAUCUCGAUAUGGACAUGGACCCUGCUUUGAUGGAUCUCUACGAUACGUCGACGAUGGAUCUUGAUAUACUGGGUUCAAACCUGUUAUGA